AUGGAAGCGCCUACGUACUGUCAAGGUAUCGACGUCCCUCCUGGUGCAUUAAGCAUCAUUGACACGACUCGUGCCAGCCUGAUUGAGGACACCAGUGCAGCGCUGCAACCCUUCACAGGGAAACUCUACACGUACCUGAACGUAAAGCAUAUGUAUUUGAUCCUCGUCACCAUCUUCGUGAUCGGCUCGUUGAUGUGCGCUAUUUCAACCUCGUCGACCUUCUUCAUCUUGGGACGCAUGGUCGCUGGAAUCGGAAGCUCGGGAUUGGAAAAUGGUGCUAUAACCCUCAUUGCCGGCGCGGUACCGUCGCAUGACCGACCUUUACAGCCCACUGCAAGACCGUAUUGUGUCAGCUCAUUAGACUUCAAAGUCUGUCAGGUAGGCAUCGUUAUUGGGCCCGUCGUCAGUGGCUUGUUAACACAAUAUGCAAGCUGGAGAUGGUGUUUCUACAUCAAUCUCCCACUUGGCGCGACAUCAGGGACGUUUUUGCUCUUCACGCACAUCCCAGAGGUCACACACAAGCCGCCAUUCUCGCUCGCGGUGGCCCGCAGCAUCGUACCCAGACUGGACCUUGUAGGUUUGGCUCUCUUCGUGCCGACAAUGGUCAUGUUCCUGCUUGCGUUGCAAUGGGGAUCGAGCGAGUAUGGAUGGAGCUCGCCGCACGUGAUCCUUCUCUUCGCAGGCUCCGGAAUGUCCUUGAUUGUGCUGACCUUCUGGGAGCGGCAUGUGGGCGACCGAGCUCUCAUACCACUCCACCUGCUCAAACGACGAAUCGUGUUGACCGGUGUCCUGUACGACGCAACUUUGUUCGCGAACAACUUUGUUGGCGUCACUUACGUGCCUAUCUACUUCCAGGCUGUCAAAGGUCUCAUGCCAUCACUUAGCGGCAUCUACACGACCCUCCCAGAUUUUCAUUCAGUUACUGGCGCUGAUCAUAUCAGGCUCUCUUGGUGGGUAAACUGGGCUUCGUCAGAUACGUACAGAGCACGCGGCUGA